AUGGGUGCCUUGGCCAGUAGAGGCCUCAAUGUCGACCCCUGCUGCCCUAGAUGUGGUGUGGAAAGAGAGGAUAUUGGACAUAUGGUAUUACAUUGCUCUGAAAGUCAGAUGUGGAACCUACGGAACAUGUGGGUUUUUGAAACAAAAAGGGUGGAACCAACCAUGGCUUACACAAGAACGGUGGCAUUGUUGGGAGAAUACGAGGCAGCCAAUGCGAGAGACGCGGAGCCUGCACCCACGCCUGUCUCUAACCAGCAUUGGCAAGCCCCAUAUGCAGGCCAUUACAAGCUCAAUACGGAUGCAUCAGUCAUAGCCACCAAAGUUGGUUUAGGAGUGUUGGUAAGGGAUAGCAUGGGAGAUGUUCUGAUGAGCGCAUGGAUGCGUGGGGAGGAGGCAAUCCCAGUGCUACAAGCAGAGGCAGAAGCUCUACGUUUUGGACUUCAAUAUGCAUAUGAUGCGGGGUUCCGUUCCUUGGAGGUUGAAUCUGAUAACCAGGCUCUGGUGAAGCUGGUACAAGCGCAUGAACACAGCAGAAUGCAUAUGCAUGUAAUUGUUGAGGAUAUUGUGACCUUGCCUAAUGCUUUUGAAUUUUGCUCCUUUAUCUUCUUAAGUAGAAAUUGUAACAAGGUGGCACAUUCCAUUGCCAACAUAUCUCUCACUAUGGAAGAGGUAAAAGUAUGGAUGGAGGAAUGUCCCACCGAAACUUUACCGUUUGUGCUUGUCGACAAGGCUAUGAUUGAAUGA